AAAGGUGUUUUCAAAAUCUCGGUAUCAUUUUUACGGCCACAGACAUUAGUUUCACAAAAUUGUUCCAACUAGCUGAAUUGGGACUCUUCAGAUCCGUGUAGCUCUGUUCUCUGCGACAGAAAUAUCAAAAUGAAUAGAACAUGCACAAAUGUUGGAUUUUGAUCCCGUUUAGUCCCAGCAGAAAGCAUUUACAUCCCAUCAUAGUGCCAGGCAUGAAGCCGCAGUGAACACAGUCGAGAAGUAGAAAAAGGCCUGAGGGAAUGUGCAUGAUCAAGAUGGCAGCCACCACAGAGGUCAUGGGAAUCGAAGAUGCGAUCAAAAGUGAAAAUCUUGGCCUUUCAGAGGCUGAGAGGAUUCGUUUAGAGACUGUGUUAAAAAGAGCUAAGGAAGUUGAAGAAGAAGAUUUCUUCAGCCACCAAAUGGAAGGCACCCUCAACAAGUACACAAACGUUGUGAAGGGAUGGCAGAACCGGUGGUUCUUACUAGAUCCUCAAAAGGGAACUUUGGAAUACUACGUGAAUGAAGAAUCCAGGAAGACUCAGAGACCUAGAGGAUUGGUGCAUCUGACAGGAGCCGUGAUAUCACCCAGCGAUGAGGACUCCAUGACGUUCAAUGUCAACGCUGCCAACGGGGAGGUAUACCGGCUGCGGGCUACCGACGCGAAGGAGCGACAGUUCUGGGUCAGUCGUCUGAGGGCGGUGGUCCAGCGCCAGGGCGAAGUCAUCUCGCAGGCGCUGGGCGACGGUACAUCGCCAUCGUCCAGCCACGGCUCCAGCGAUUCCCUCCAACACCACCGGCCGGGCCUUCGACGUCACCAAGCUGGAGCAGCCCCCCGCGUCUCCCCCGCCAACUCCCUGACCAGACACCCCCGGCCUCCCUCCUUCAACCCCUCCCUCACCCCGUCGGUGACCCAGGAGUCGCUGCACAAUGCCCGGGACAUCAUCACCAUCGCCGAGGAGCAGCAGAAGAUGCUGGUUCAAGCACUGGAGGCCCUGCCCUCCUCGGGCCACCCUAUCAAUGCCCUGGACCACGACUGCCUGCUGCUCAAGUCUACCUCCCACUCGGCCAUGGGCUGCCUGGAGGACUGCCUCAACAUCCUGCAGAGGCAGGACAUCGCUCAGGGCCACCGGCCCAACAGCAGCAUGGAGCUGCCUCGAUCCAUGGCCAACAUCAGUCUGGAUCUACUCGUAGCCAAUCAGCAGCCAGUCGGUAGUGUCAUCAACACCAACAGUCCCGCCCACCUGCCAGUCAGUAACAGCAUGGGAGACUCCUUGGAUCAUAGGGUGCCACUCAUCAGUCCGACUGACGAGGUGGAAGACAAGGAAGGCGGGGAGGACGAAGACAUUGGGGGCGUGGAGGAACACAAGAGCGUCAUCCUGCACCUGUUGUCGCAACUCAAGCUGGGCAUGGACCUCACCAAGGUGGUAUUGCCAACAUUCAUUCUCGAAAAGAGGUCUCUGCUUGAAAUGUUCGCCGACUUCAUGGCGCACCCCGAUAUGUUUGCCAGAAUUCCAAGUUUACCAACUCCAGAGGCUCGCAUGAUGGCGGUGGUGGAAUACUAUCUUUGCUCAUUCCACGUGGGCAGAAAGGGUUCCAUCGCCAAGAAACCCUACAACCCCAUCAUCGGGGAGACGUUCCACUGUUCCUGGGAGCUGCCGUCAGACUCUGGCCCGUCUGACGGCCUCACUGAGAACAGCCACGUCACCUUUGUGGCUGAGCAGGUUUCGCACCAUCCACCGGUGUCAGCUUUCUACGUAGAGUGUCCCAGCAAGAAGAUCUACAUGAAUACCUGGAUUUGGACCAAGUCCAAAUUCCUGGGCAUGUCGGUCGGAGUGAACAACGUAGGAGAAGGCACGAUUCGGGACUUGGAGCACAGUGAAGACUACACCAUGACGUUCCCCAGCGCGUACGGCCGGUCCAUACUCACGGUGCCCUGGAUGGAGCUUGGGGGAAGGUGCACAAUACAUUGCCCGCAGUCUGGGUACCAGGCCGCUAUAACCUUCCAGACAAAGCCAUUUUACGGUGGUAAGGUUCACCGUCUGAAUGCGGAAGUGAAGAACCCCGCCAACGCCCUUAUAUGCAGGGUGCAGGGCGAAUGGAAUGGGCAACUGGAAUUCUCAUAUGCAGGGGGUGAGAAGAAAGUGGUAGAUUUGACCAAACUGAGCGGCAUACCCAAGCGGAUUCGGCCCAUAGCCAUGCAGGGCACCUUUGAGUCCCGUCGACUCUGGCAGAACGUGACCAACGCGCUGAAGAUAGGCGACAUCAACACCGCCACGGAGCACAAGCGAUACCUUGAAGAGAGGCAGCGCAGGGAGGAGCGGGAACGGAAGGAGACCAACACGCCUUGGCGGACCAAGCUCUUCAAGAAGAGCGGUGAGGGCUGGUGCUAUAACGGGAUCCUGCAAGCGUAGCGAGGGGCCAACUCUCCCAACUGUCCAAAGUAGGGCCACUUUCGUCUGUGUCUGUCUUGUCUCCAAAGCUGCUUUCCCAUUGGACUUUUCGUCCGUCCGGCAGGCCAAUCCGUUUAAGUUGUUCAGUCGUCCUGAGCGUUACCAGCUUAAAGCAACUUUACGAGAACUUUACUUUACGAGAACUACCAAUAAACUCAGGUUCUUGUCCGUUUUUGUAGGACUUGGAUGAACGUGCAUCAGCAUUGGUACUUUUUCCUUUUGGUAAUAAUACUGAAGCCCGGCAGAGCUUACAGGUGUGAUGAUGUCAUGCUGAGUACGUUGCAUUGCAUUGUGGGUACCUUGUGUGGGCAUUGGGAAUGACUGCGUGGUGGACUACUUUGUCCUGUUUUUUCGUCACCUAGCCGUGUGGUAUUCGAUUCCGUCACAAGUCCUUUCAAAAGAAGCUCCGUAAGUCCAGUCGCAAGUCCCUUCACCUGGCCAAUCACAAGUCCCUUCACAAGGUCAGUCACAAGUCCCUUCACAAAGUCAGUCACAAGUCCCUUCACAAG